CUUCAGUUGUCUCCAGUGUCCACCCGAUUUCUGGUCCAACCCAGACAAAACUGAUUGUGUUCCAAAGGAAAUUGAGUAUUUGUCAUAUCGAGAUGAGAUGGGAAUUGUUCUAACAAUAAUCUCGCUCUCUGGGGCAUUCUUAUCACUGGCUGCGCUAGCUGUAUUCUUAUAUUAUCGAAACACUCCAGUUGUUAAAGCCAACAAUUCAGGACUGAGCUUCCUCCUGCUUGUGUCAUUGACGUUGUGCUUCCUUUGUGCUUUGUGUUUUAUUGGGCAGCCCUCUGAGCUCACCUGCAUGAUGAGGCAUGCUGUGUUUGGACUCAGCUUUGUUUUGUCUGUUUCCUGUAUUCUCGUAAAAACCAUUGUGGUGGUAAUGGCUUUUAAAGCCACAAUGCCUGGUGGGAAUGUAGUGAAAUGGUUUGGUGUUACUCAGCAGAAGGGUACAGUGUUCUUUUUCACAUCCAUUCAGUGUGUGAUUUGUGUAGCAUGGUUGACCACAGCCCCCCCUUUUCCAAAUAAGAACACCAAGUAUCAGACUUUGAAAAUCAUAUUUGAAUGUGAUGUGGGGUCACUGACUGGGUUUAGUUGUCUUCUAGGGUACAUAGGCCUACUAGCGGGUGCCUGUUGUCUUUUAGCCUCUCUGGCAAGAAAUCUGCCAGAUAAUUUUAAUGAGGCUAAAUACAUCACCUUCAGUAUGUUAAUAUUUUGUGUUGUCUGGAUCACAUUCAUCCCUGCGUACAUCAGCUCUCCAGGAAAGUUCACAGUGGCAGUGGAGGUUUUUGCAAUCUUGGCAUCCAGUUUUGGUAUCCUUUUUGCAAUAUUUGCUCCAAAAUGUUAUAUCAUCUUAUUGAAGCCAGAAUUAAAUAGCAAAAAGGCUCUAAUACGAAGACAAUUUCCUGACAACUGAACACCUUAUUAUCUAGCAUAAGCACGUCUA